AUGUCGAUUCAACGCUCACCAAUUUUUCCAAAUGAACUGUUGGAGCGCAUCAGUGAAGAACUGUCGGGAAUAGAGCUUCUUCACUUUGCAAUAGCUGCCUUGAAUUAUCUGACUAUCAGCAAUCAUCAAUUAUCACGAUUGCUUCGUCGAGAGGCGAGCAUUUCAUUAGAGAAGGAGAUCAAGUCCUUAAUCUCUAUACCAAAUUCACCGUUUGUCAUCGUUGACGAAGGUAUCGCUCUUCUAUUGUCAUCAUAUAAAUGGAAUCAAUCCGUGUACGGACCAUUCAAAUUGAAUACUAUCGAAAAGACACUCAAAUAUUUUCUCAUAACGCUGUUCUUUGUUUAUGCUCGAUUAUGGUCAUUCAAUCCAUUCUACUAUGAUGUAUCGUAUCUGGUUCUUGAUAUUUUCUAA